GACGGAAACAGUUCGCGAGGUUGUAAUGACAGGGUACUGAAACGCGAUCACUAUUUGCCAGGAAUUGAUGUAGAGUAGUAAUUUGAGAUCCGGUGAAAUUCUCGUUGUACAUUUUCUCAAGAACAAGAAUGGGGGUGAUAAUCGAGAACAAUGUUUGGGAGCCAAAUCCAGCACUGUAUUUAUUCUUCUUCAUAUCAUGUUGCUUGUCAAUCUACUAUUUGCCAAACAGUAGCAGGAGUACUCCUGCCGUCUUCGAUCACGCACCUUCCUCUUCCUUCCUUCGUUUUCAGAGAAGUUUCCUCUUACUCUUUUCUCUUUCUUCAGUGAUGGAAGGCUUACUGACAGUAUUUGGAGAGUAUGAGUUGGCGUACCAUGGCGUUAGUAGGGAGCAAAUGGUCAUCUCUCUAUGUAUUGGAUACACAGCUGCUCUCUUUGUUGGUACUUUUUUGGGCAUGCUCUCGGAUUUGAUUGGCCAGAGAAAAGUGUGCUUGUUAUUUUGCUUGCUGCAUCUUUUUGUUGCCAUAUGGAAGAGGGUUACUGGACAUCCAAGUGUUUGGCUCGCUAGUAUCUGUCUCUCUCUUGCCUCUACAAUAUUUUUCUUCAACUUUGAGACAUGGAUGGUUGUUGAGCAUGAUAAGCUUGAGCAGAGGCAGGAUUCAGUCAAUGACAUGUUUUGGUUAAUGACUUUUGUUGAAUCUGCAUCUUAUAUUGGAAGCCAAGUGGUUGGAAACUGGUUAAUCGGUGUUCAUGAAAAGACAAGUUUGCUUGCUCCAUCCAGUGCAGUGGUAAUAAUGGCUCUUAUUGCUCUGGCUUAUGUCAGCCGAGGAUGGAGGGAAGAUCCAAAAUCAAUUGUUCUUAAAGAUUAUCAGAAUAAGUUUCGUACCUGCAUACUUGGUGAUAAAAGGGUCUGGCUUUUGUCAUGGACCCAAGCUACCGUCCACUUCUCAGUUGCAGUUUUUUGGAUUAUUUGGGCUCCAACUAUCGUGGCAGAUGGGAGAGAGGUUUUGCUAGGUUUGAUAUACCCCUGUUUACUUGGUGCUAAAAUGCUCGGAAGCACUGCAUUUCCCUGGUUCUCCAGUGGCCCUUUAUCACUUCGAACAGAAGAAUGCUUAGCAUAUGCAUGUAUUGUUAUGGGCUUCGUCACUUCCAUUGUAGCUUUUGAUUAUCAGGACAUUGAAAUUCUUGUGAUGCUAUUCUGCAUAUUUCAUGCUUGCGUGGGAUUGGUUUUGCCUUCACUCGCCAGAUUGAGAACCAUGUAUGUGCCAAAUGAACUUCGUGGAGGGAUGAUGAGUUUAUCCAUUGCUCCAUCAAAUGCGCUUAUGUUGUUCUUUCUGAUUCAGAGAGGUUUCUACCAGAGGAUAGAAAAUUCAACAAUUAUAGUUAUGGGCGCUCUUGGUCUUUUUUCUGCAGCUGGAUGCAUGUAUAUGUUAAAGCGGCUGGGAAAGCAACCACACCAAAACUGGCACAAAUUAUGAGCCCUUCCGUUUUUUUUUAAAACUCUUCUAUUCGUGUGGGGUGUUCCUGUAUAUAGUCGGUUAAUUGAAAGUUUAAAGAAACUGCAGCCUUGGGAUGUGAUGACGGGUGCAAAGUGUCAUCCUCUGCAAAUGGAAUAUCAAGAAUGAGAUUUAGCCGAUUUCAGCAUUCUAUUAUUCUCACAUUGCUUAAGUAAUGAGGUCCCUUUGGAGAUCAGAUCACAUGGAGUUCAAUUUUGCUCUCAAGAGACUUUGCACUUGAUGCCCUGAGAAUGCUAAAUGAACACUUUGCUACUGAUAAGUUUUGGGAAGAAGCACAAUAUUAGAGAAGCAACAGAGUGUACGGUGGCUUUAUUCUUCGGAGUUCUGAUGACCAGUGGAAAAUCUUGGAAGCAUCUUAAGAUGAAAGCGAAAUGGUAAGAGGGGUUUUAUCUUUCCUUCUUUCUUCAUUUAUUCUUUAAUAAACAGACGUAACAGGAUCACUCGAUCACAUUCUUGUGGUAUGUUCUUCAAUUAUUUGGUUGGAUUGCAGAUAUUAUAAUUUGAAGCAUGAUUACGUAAAGAAUGACUUCACCUAAGGGUAAUUUUCAAUGAAAUAAAUUUUGGUGGGAUGCUCGUCUUGGAAUGUA